GUGAGUUUCCAUCUCCACAGUGGAGAAAGAUGGCGACAGACGUGGAGAUGUCUGGAUGUGAUGGUUACCUUUAGAGGUGAAAUGUGUCUUUUCACAAUGCUUUAAAUAAGCGUUUUACCUUUGAAUGUGAUUAAAUAGUGUGAUAGUUACCUAAGAAGUUGUUAGUGCUCAUUGCUGAAGGAUCUUUUAAGUGAAAUAAUGCGUGAGUUCAAAGUUGUCGUUUUGGGAUCGGGUGGGGUUGGGAAAAGUGCUCUUACUGUACAGUUUGUGUCUGGUUGUUUUAUGGAGAAAUAUGACCCCACCAUUGAAGAUUUUUACAGAAAAGAGAUUGAAGUUGAUAAUUCACCCUGCGUGUUGGAAAUUUUGGACACUGCUGGUACCGAACAGUUCGCGAGUAUGCGCGAUUUAUAUAUUAAAAAUGGCCAAGGAUUUGUUGUGGUUUACAGUCUAACAAACCACCAGACCUUUCAGGAUAUAAAAUCGAUGAAGGAACUUAUUACUCGUGUUAAAGGUUCAGAAAGAGUGCCCAUAUUGUUAGUAGGGAAUAAAGUAGAUCUAGAACAUCAAAGAGAGGUGCCAACUUUGGAAGGAAGUACUUUGGCACAAAUUUGGGGCUGCCCAUUUGUUGAAGCUAGUGCCAAAAAUCGGACAAAUGUCAAUGAAGUGUUUGCUGAGAUCGUCAGGGAAAUGAAUUUCAGUCCUGAAAAAGAAAAGAAGAGCUAUUGCUGUUGUACGGUGCUAUAAAAAUUUUUCUAGUUCAUAGGUAAUUGUAAAUGUAUAUACAUAUAUGUCAAAACAGUUAAUUAACAGGAGAUAAGUUCUUCUGAAAAUUUUGCAUUUAAUUAUAGUGCUCCAGAUUAUUGAUGUUGCAUAUUAACUCAGGAGUCUACAGAGUUUUUCACUAUAAAGAUGAGGUCCAAAUGUUAAUUAUUUAUUACUGUUAGUUUACCAUGUUCAAAAAUGUAGUAAGGGUCUAUAUGUUAUAUGUGGUAUUGAAAGAUUUUUGAAAUUCACAUUAAAUUGAAGAAAAAAAAAGUGUAUAUACUUUUAACACAUACUGAAUGUAACGAUGAAUUGUAUGGGCCUUGUUUUUGUAAAAUACAGUAGUAUACAUUUAUCGUGACCAUUGUUUUAUGUGCAUUUCAUGUGCUUAUGCACUAUCUUACAAGGUUUAAUUUUAUGUUCUAUUUUAUAUUGCAUGAUUGGGAACUAAGUACUGAAAUUUUACUGGCAUAUCUUGUUUGUAACAUGAAUCACAAAAACUAUUUUUUCUAUGUUGUAAGGUAGAUUUAUUUUAAGAUUUGAAUGCUUUUUAGGAUUUGUAAAGACUGAAUUGAUGGUUUAUGAGUUGUGGCCCAAGUUUUAAGUGUAAUAAAUUUUGGGUGUUAACCAAUUCUACUUUAGGCCAAAUUUUUCUUUACUUAUUUUGUGAUAUCCAUUUAUGAAAUUGAUCUAUUUAAAUACGGGAUUUUUGAAGGAUAUUUUUUAAUUUCUUUCUCAACAUUUUUUUGAUUUAUAUUUAUCGGAGUUUCAAAUCCUGGAUUUUGAUUUAUUUCUAAUGGUACAAGAUUAGUUGUUUCUCGUUAGUCUCUUAAGUAAUUAAUUGGUUCUAUUUAUUAUUCAUUAUCGUUUUCCAAUAAUGUUAACUUACACUUUGGCCUAAACUGUAAAUUUAAGUGGCCUAUUUCUGUGUCGUUCUCAGAAUUUCAGUUUUCGGAUUUAUGUAUUUGUAUACCUCAUAUUAAUUCUUUCAAAUUUAGAUAGAACAUAUAGAAGUAUUAUCAAUGUUGAAAGUUCUGUUUAUAUGUUAUUCUUAUAGUCUGUGAUACAUGUGCAACCCUAGAAACAUUGUUCUAUAUAUGUUGUAAUUAAGUUAUACAACUGAACAGUGUUUAAAAAGAAAUAUCCUCAAUAAAAUCUCUGCAAUUAAAGUGACAGAUCGAGUAUUUAAAAAGCCAUUCUAUUGUGAUUAAUGCUCAGUGUUUCUUCGAAAUUCUUGCCAUCAUUAGACUCAGGAUUUGUCUAUAGCUUGUCAAGUGAUGUGUUGUGCAAAAGUGUUUGACUUGGAUUCGGCUGAAUUACAUUGGAUUAUCAAAAGAGGUGGGCUUUAUUAUUUAUAUGUUUUUUUUUCUAAAGUAAAAAAAAUUGCUUGCUUUCUCCUUAAGUCUGAUGAUUUCAUAUUAAUUCUCACUAUAGCUCAAGCUUUCAUUUUUUUUCAUAGAUUUUUUUUGAUAUAUAGUCUAUUUAAACUCAGAGCCGUCCAGAUAUCAAUUUUGCCUAGAGUUUAUAUUAUUGUAAUUAUUAUUUCCACGUGAUAUUUCAAGAAUGAAUUCAUCAAAAUUUUAUAUUGUUUUUUAUUCAAGCGAAACUCUUUGAGGAUCAUAACAAAAGAGUUUCAAGUUACUGGCCUGUUAUAUACCCCCUCUCCUUUGAUUUAAUUUAUUCCUACUUGAUUUUUCUCUAUAGGAGACAAUAUAUGGGAUAGAUGGCUUUAAAUGUACUAGAUUUCACUUUCAUUGCUAUGACUGUUUUUUUUUUUUUUAAUUUAUUUUUAUUUUUAUAAUUUUCAAAUUCAAUAAAGAGUCACUAUGCUAUUAUAUUCUUAAAAAUAAAACCUAUGUAAAUAUUUUAUACAUUUUGUAUUAUGUGCUAUGAUAGUUUUAAAAUUGUAUUAUUGUUUAUUAUUGUACAUUUUGUAAAUUCUUAUCCUCUUUGUAAUCAAUUUUGAUUGUAUGUCCCUUAAUAUUAAUGAUAAUUGGGCAAUGAUCGUCCGAUGUUGUAUAUUUGCUUAUUGUAUUGUUUUCUCCCAAACACUGAAGGGUUAUACAUGUGUACUGUAACAUAUAUCAAAGAUUAUUAUGUUUUAAUACAUGGUUUUUUAAUAU